AUGCUUGACAGCUCUCGUCAUAACAUAAUGAAUGACGUCACAACGAGACGCGACCCUGACGAUUGCAAACACGGGUGGGUUUUCCCCGGGUACAAACUGCUAUUUACUCAAUUACGAUUUUUCUCAGGUAAUAAUAAAGAUGAUAUGUAUAUCUUUGCUGCACAUCCAUCUGAUUCGUUCCUUGAUCUUACAUUUCUGUAUUGAUAUCGGAGAAUUUGCAGGCAAUUGUUUGAUCACAAUCUGUAAAAAAUCAUACCGUCUAUUAUUUUCGUUUAUGAGUUUAGAGUAAAUAGUGACACGAGCGGAUUUCAUUCUGAGAUCAUUAUUCCCGAUAUUUGAAGUGAAUGCUAUCAUCCUUACAUACCCUUUACCUGGAAGUAUAACGAUUGCACACCGAAUUGAUUUUAACAUCACCAACGUUGCGAUGGAAGAGGCGCUUUACGAUCUGACGGGGUUAAAGACCUUGGAGGAGAUCCCCUCACUCAUGACACUUGGACAAGGAUUCAUCAGUGAAUGCAGGAGUUUCCAGAGUGAGAAAGGAAAAUUCUUUGUCAAGAUGAACACUAAAAGUCAGGCAAGGACAAUGUUUGAAGGCGAAAAGGCCGGCUUGAGCGCCAUCUUAGCCACUGGAUUGGUCCGCUGCCCGAUACCUAUCGAGAUCUACGACCUUAAGGAUGGUCCAGGAUCGAUCUUUGUCAUGGAGUAUAUGGAAUUGAGAGAUCUUGAUCGGUAUGCUGCCACGUUGGGUGAAGCUAUUGCAAGGUUACAUCUCCACAACAGUCGUCUGAAGAUGAAAGAGGAAAAGCACGAAGGCAGGAUCGGUGGGGUCCCGGUUUCGCGUCCUACAUACAUGCAGGAUGUAAAUGGGGAAGAUGUUGAGGAGGAAACCCAACGAUCUGUCUCUCAGUUUGGAUUCCACACCACAACCUGCGGAGGAUAUCAACCUUUAGAUAACACAUGGUCGGAUGAUUGGAUGAAUUUCUACGUCCGCCAAAGACUAAAGCCUAAAGUAGACAACAUUGAACGGGAGUAUGGGGACCGCACACUCAUCGAGCUGUGGCCGCGUCUUCUAGCGGUUAUACCGAGUUUGUACCGCGGUAUUGACCGCAUCGUCCCUGCUUUACUUCAUGGUGACCUCCACGGGGGAAACGUCGCAGAGACAACGACGGGGCCAGUGACAUAUGAUCCUGCUUGUUUCUACGGGCAUCACGAGUUGGAUCUUGCUGAGACGCGAGACUUUGUCGACUUCAACCAAGAUUUCUACCCAGCCUAUUACCGAUUGGUUCCCAAAGCAGAGGGUUUCGACGAGAGGGAAAAACUCUAUAAGAUAUUCCAUUACCUCAACAACUGGAGUCACUUUGGACCCAAGUAUAAAGACAAAGUAAUAACGCUCAUCGGCGAGCUGGUGGAAAAGUGACCAUGUACUGCUUUAUAUGUAUAUUCUACAUAUAGAAUACUGAUAUGCAAAUUAUACAGUCUAAUUUGAAACAUGGUAUUGCAUUUUGAUAUAUCUCAUUGUGAAUAUUAUAUCAUAUAUAUUCUAUCAAUGUACAGUAGAUAUUUUAUGUUUUUCCCAAUCGUCUUGAAGUAUUCAAUUGUAUGUGCAAUUGUGUAUUCAAUUGUGUCAUUUUCAUUUUUAUGCUUUCAAUAAUCCAACUGUCAUGGUUGCAGUGAAUAAAUAAUAAUAUCCUGUAUAUCUAUAUUAUUCUAUCAUAGUUGGAUAAUUCUUCAAAAUCUAUUUUUUUUCAUCGUGGAGUUUAUUUAUUUUUUUACUAAACUAUGAACCUAUAGAUACAACCCCUUUGUAUACAAAAAUAUAGAAAAAAUAAGCAAUCAAUUAAUUGCUAUUUGGGAACUUGUAAUUGACCGAAAUUGGACAAAAUAAACCUUCGCAAUAUAAUCAUUACCAUGCUGCUGCCUUACUGUUUGGAAAACGGAAGUCUCUUUAUAUUUUUUAUGUACAUUAUUUCUCUAGUGUACUGAUUGGUUUCAUUUAUUUUCAGAAUGAACUACCUCUUCAUGUCCAUGAAAUGUUCAUCCUCAAUCACAAGACUCAUUUAUCGUUUCUUGAAAAUGUUUGCUCAUAAUAUACAUGUACGUAUGUGAAGCGCAAUAAGAUGCAUCAUCAUUAUUGGGUAACAAGCUGAAAUAAUAAUUGUAUUUCAUUACAAUUUAUAAAUGUACUGUUCAAACUUUUUGUGGCAGCUCAAGAAUAUAAGAUGCUGCGUAGUUGUGAUAAGCAAUUCAUUUUUUAAAAUCUUCAUUCCUUAUAUCUUGUCUAUAUUUGGUUAAAAUCAUAUUGAAGUACUUGCCAUCUUUUUCUUUUGAUGAAAUACAUACAAAUUAAGGUCAUUUUACCUGCACAAUGUAUCAAAUAUGUACUAAUUGAUAAAAUUCUCACUUUUCAAAUGUAUAUAAUUCUUUUUAUAGGGUACGAUACUUCUGAUUUAAAAGUACGAUUUCAACCCAUUUGGUAUCCUACUCCUAAUUGCCUUAUGCAUGCUGAUUUCUUGUAGUUGCAAUAUCACUGAUGUAACAAGAAUCAGCACUUCCAAGGGGUUGCAUUACCUACCACCAUACAUUUUUCGUUUUUAUAUUAUUCCUUGUCAUUUCUUAAUUUGCCCUCCAUGCAUUUUCCUUUAAUUUUCGGUAGUUGUAUUCUGUUAAUUCUAUGCAACUGUUUAACUUACAUGUACUUAUUUUUGUCUAUGUAUCCAGCACUUGGAAACAAUGCAUAUUAAGCACUUUAUGAAUGUUGCUCAUUAUUUAUUAUAAUUUUAUUUAGUAUACUCUUAACAAUUUGGCCAAAGCUUUUAGUAACACUCAGAUAUAAUAAUAUCAAUGUUAAACAAAACAUUGGACAGUAUGGAUUAUUCCAUACUUCCAUUUCAUUCUUCUCAAUGCCAAUUUAUUUGUCCAUGAAGUUUCAUCAAGUGUUAUCGAAAGUAUUCAUUAAAAAGUUUGAAGAGCCCCUGCAAUCUAAAUUUAAGUUGAUUAUUAUUGCUGCUCAGUUCUAAAUGUAACUCAUAUGUUGCUGUUUGAAAAUCCAUAUAUAUUGCAUAGAUUUUUACACUAUUUUAAAAAGAGCAUUACUAAACUUUUGAAGCCACACACUUUUUAAGAGGAUAGAACUAAUAGCAAGUUGAAAAUAUUCAUUCGAAAAAUAAAAAAUCUUAGAAACAUAUUUGAAUACUCAAAUAAAAUAGUUGUAUUUCACAAUUUUGCAUCAAUAAGAAUGAAUUUCAAUUUUUAGUUGCAGGGACCCUGUAAGUAUAUUCAUAUUUCCAAGUUAGAACAAAUAAAUAAAUCAAUAUUAUACAUCAAGAGGCAUUCGUCAAUAUUGCAUUUUAUUGCUGAUUAUUAUUAUCUAUCAAAAAUAAGAAUCUUCCUCAAACUGUCAGAUUAUCACAUAAUCCCAAGGAGGAGAAUGACAGUGAUAUAGGUUUGACUUACAGUCAUGUGUUCGUACAAUGAACAGACAAUAUGCAUAUAACAUCUGUGAAUGAUAUAGACAUUAAAAUAAUGAUGGUCCCUGUGCAAAGUGCAACUUAUUCAAUAAUGAACUCAAUAUUAUACAUCAAGAGGCAUUCGUCAAUAUUGCAUUUUAUUGCUGAUUAUUAUUAUCUAUAAAAAAUAAGAAUCUUCCUCAAACUGUCAGAUUAUCACAUAAUCUCAAGGAUGAGAAUCACAGUGAUAUAGGUUUGACUUACAGUCAUGUGUUCGUACAAUGAACAGACAAUAUGCAUAUAACAUCUGUGAAUGAUAUAGACAAUAAAAUAAUG